AUGGCCGCCAACUGCAUCUUCUGCAAGAUCAUCAAGGGUGAAAUCCCCUCCAUGAAAAUCUUCGAGAGCGAAAAGACCCUCGCCUUCCUCGACAUCAACCCAUUGAGCUUAGGCCACGCGCUCGUCAUACCCAAACACCACGGCGCCAAACUAACCGAUAUCCCCGACGACCAGCUCUCCGAAGUCCUGCCCGUCGCGUCCAAAAUCGCAAAAGCCACGGGCUCAGACCAGUACAACAUCCUGCAGAACAACGGCCGCAUGGCACAUCAGGUGGUGGACCACGUGCACUUCCACUUCAUCCCCAAGCCGAAUGAGCAGGAGGGGUUGGGGAUAGGGUGGCCGCAGCAGAAUCCGGGGAAGGAUAAGUUGCAGAGUCUGUUGGAGGAGAUUAAGGCGAAGAUGUGA